UGAAUUACGUACGAGUUAUGCAUAUACAAAUACGACAGAUAAAAGAAAAUAAGUCAAGUUGCACUUUCAUUAAAGUAUUAUUCGAUAUUUUUUUAUUUUAAAAAUAUAGCUAAUUUUUCAAUAAAAGCUAUAUAAUUUUGAUUUUUCUUUAUUCAUGCUUUUUCAAAAUUUAAAUUACAUUUUUUUUGUCUUUGCCCUUUAUUCUAUUUAUUUAUUUUUUGUAAAUUGUGAGCAAAAUUUGUGUAUUAUUAUUACCUACAUAUAAAUUCAGGCAAAUAAAACAAACAGAAAAAUACAGGGUACUUUAUUUCCAUUUAGUAACACAAUAGGUCAACACAAGACACAAGCAUUGUUCCAUCUAUCUUUGUUACUCAUUGAAUACCAAAAAAAGAUAGAAUAAUGUUUGUGUCGACUUGUGUGUUAUCAAAUGAAAAGCAUCCAAUGAGAGAAAGGUAUGUUGUACAUACAUACAGUACAUAUAUACAUACGUUAAUAAAAUAAAAAUAAUUGACAUACGUAUUGUGUAAAAAGAAAGAAGGAAAUAUUUUGAAAUGAGUCAAAUAUUCAAUAAGUGACAUUACAAGAGAUUUAAUUUCUUUUCAUAAUAUCUAUUAUGCAUCACAUUUUAUAUAUACAACUUUUCCGAUUAAUCACAUAAAAAUAUUUUAUUCAUUACAUUCAAAUUGCCACCUGCAAUUUGACCAUAUUUGUCUCAGAAAGUAACGAAAAAAUUAUAGGUUACGCUACGCAUACAUCAUUAUAUUUUGUUAGAUUCAGCAAAGAAAGGUGCUGUGAUUUUUGAAGGUAAAAAUAUGAAGAAACGACGGCCACGUGCAAAAAAUUGUUCUCUGCAAAAAUAUUCUCAUACACACGAACGUUUUCCGACUAAAGCGAAGAGCACUUAUGAUUCAAAAGGACGAACCUUUAAACAAAGUUAUUCUAAGCUUCAGUUAAACGAUGGAUAUUGUGAUACAACAGGCUUAAAGAAAGACACGUUUAGUUCGUUGGAAUCUCUCUUUGAUUUGAAGAAACCGUUAAAUUUACAGGAUGUAUUUCCUUUAGCAUUCUAUUAUUAUAAACAAAAAUUAGUCAAAACAUCCAAUGCCACGAGAUCAGAACCACUUGUAGAAACGCUAUUUUUGCAAUCGCCACGCUUUUUGCCGCAAACAAAUCUUGAGUCACACGUUUUCAAGGCGUAUGAAAAAUAUGACAGAGUAAAAAUUGAACAAGAUGCAAUAAAUCAGACUUCAAUAAAAGCAAAUAAGAAAAACGAAUUCCUGCUGGAAGUAUCGAAAUCGGUGGAAUUGCAACAAAACGAUUUAAUUCGCAAUCAACGAAAUCGCUCAAUAAAUAUGGCUGAAAACAAAAUACCGGAUGAAGAAACACUAGAAGAGAAAAAAGAAGAAAUAAUAAUUGAAGACACUGUCGUAGAUGAAAAGUCUGCUGCUACGAAAGAAGAUCUUAAGGAAGAUCAAAUAGAAACAGAAAAAAAGAAUAAAGAUGAAAACGAAGGUAAGGAUAAAGAUAAAAAUAAAACUGAUAACAAAAAUAAAGUUGAGGAAAGUAAAAUUGAUGACAAAGUUAAAGAUACUAAAACUGAUGACAAAUAUAUAGUUGAGAAAAAUAAAGAAAAAGUUGGAGAAGAUACUACUGAUGAGAAAAACGAAACUAAUGAUACAAACGAAAUGGAAACAAAAGAAGUUGAAAGUGAUUUACUAGAAAAACCUUUAUCCUAUUCUAUCCCAUCCGAUGUGAAAGAUGAAGUACCAAAAUCUGAGGAAUUUGUAAAACCUACGAUAAGUUCACCUCUUUUAACCAAUGAUAUAAUUAUUGAAUUAAAAAUAAUGAAUGAAAGAUGCAUUCUAUUAACAGAUGAAAUCCAGCAAUUAAAGCGUGAAGUUUCUGAGUUAUCAGAGAAACCCGAAUUAACAGAAGAAGAUACGCUAAUGAUUCGAGAAAAACAAGAUGUUAUCACGGCAAAAGUAGCCGAACUGGAGCAAUUGACGCAACAAUUUCAAAAAGCGCGAGAAGUAGAACGACUCGAUGAAGUGGAAGAAGUUGAGAAAAAAGAACCAGUCAAAAAAAUUUUGGAAGAAGACCACUUUGAGAUACCACAAAUACAGUAUCCCGAAGAUAAGCUUCCAAGAGUAAUUGUUUGCGGCUACACAGACAUGCUUCCCAAACUUGUGGUAGCGGAUACUGAACGAAAAGGGAGAGAAAAAUGUUUUGAAAACUUAACUGGCAAACUAACGGAGUCUUUAACAAUGCAGGAAAAAUUGGUUAAAGAAAAUGCUCAACUGGAAGGUGGAAAGUUCAAGUUAGAAGAAGCUUUGCUAGAAAAAGAUACAGCUCUCGAGAGUUUACAGAGGAAGGUAUGCGGCCUGCAAAGAGAAAUGCGUAUGAUUGUCAAAGAGAAUAUGGAGUUGAGCCGUCAAUUGGCUACUCUAAAUCAGCUAGUGAUUAGACCUACUUGCUGUUACACCUGCCCAGGUGUUAAUCCGUCUCCUCCGUCGACGUCACCAACGUUAUCUUCGCGUCCGCAUGUCAACGCGCAACCUCGAGACGACAUUUACUGCCGAUGCAAAUGCUGUUUACAAUCACCGAUCACUGACACCUUAUCGCCAACUACGGAAACCGCCUGCAAUUCUCCGAGACUUACGGGAGGUGGAUCGCCAACAGAGGAUCGUUAUCCAGUAGACAGCAGCGAUUUGCAAAACGUGGAGAUGUGUUCUCGAGGUCCAACUGUUGCUAAGUCAUUGCUUCCUCGCGGAGCAUGUCCUAUAGAAUUGGAAAAUAAAUUUGCUACCUUUGGCACUAGUACUAAACACUUGGAGCAACAAUUAGGUAGUAUGGAGACUGAGGUGCGUAAUAUGCAAAUGGAAUUAGCAAAUGUGACACGGGAGCGGAAGCAACUGGAGCAACAACGUAAAUUACUCAAAUGCACAGGACCUUGUGCACCGUGUGCUUGUUGCCCACCUCCGACUUCGACCUGUGUGACAUCCACGUCAGGAAUUCCGAUAACGUCUAAAGUACCUGCUAUAUCCGCGGUGCCUCUACCCCAGAUGACUCUAACGCAGGCUGCACCUUUGAUGUGCACUGGUUCUUGCACAAACGCAGCCAUGGGCAGCAGUGCUUGCGUUCAACAGCAAUUACGCGAUCUUCGUGAACAAUAUGCCAGACUUCAAGAUGACUAUAAAAGCAAGUUGUGCGAGGUAUCGUGUAUGAGAACAGAAGCCGAAAAGCUUAAACAAGAUACUCGCGAAGCAAAAGAAGAGAAGGAACGAAUGGAAAUAAAACUGAUAGAUGUUCAAGAACGAUUGAAAUUUCUAGAAGCGGAAAAGGGAAAAUUCGAGGGUCAUAAGGAACAUCUCAUCGAACAGGAACAGGCUCUGAUGGUGGCAAAGCAACGUUUUCGAGAAGCGCAAGAUGAGUUAGAGGAGCUUCGUUCUCUGAUUCAAGAUCAAGCUAUUCAAUUGGAAGAUUAUCGCAACAAAUAUUUGCAAGCUCAGCAACAAGUUGAAGAACAGCGUAGACAACUAGAUCUUAUGGAAAUGGAUAAUGCGCGAAUGAAUGAGAACGUUACUUUGGAAAUUGGCCGUGUUAAAAAUCAAUUUCAAGAGAAAUUAGCCGAACUUGCACCAUUGCCCGAUAUCUUGAAACAAAUGCAAAUAAAGAUUCAGGAAGCGCAACAAAUGCGCUUAGUUGCCGAACGUAGCUGUGAGGAUCUGUCGCGAGAAUUACUAGGAUGCAAGGAUAAAAUUCAAACCUUGCAAGAUCAGUUGGAAGUGUUGCGCACCGAGCAUCAAACACUUCAGGAUGAAAAAGGAUCUGGCAAAUCUGAAGAGAUGGAAAAGAAAUGCAGUGAGUUGCGAAACGAAAACGAAAGAAUAAAAAAUACUUUGGCACGAUUUGAGGAACAUAAAGCGCAAUUGCAAAAGCGCAUUGACGAGAAAAUGCACGAAAAUACGCAACUGUCAUCGAUGUUAGAACAAAUAAGAGAGGAUUCCGCUCGACAAGUAGCGAGAACAAAGGAGCGAUGCGAAAACAUGCGUAGAUCGAUGCAAGGUCAAAUCGCCGAAAUGGAAAGACAUUUAGCACAGUGUAGAGCAACGGCAAGUGCCGCUCAACGGGAUAGAGACGAGAUCAGGCAAAAGAUGCAGAGUCAAAUAAAUAACUUGAAUGACGCAUUUAAACACGCGCAAGGCCGUAUAAAAUCGUUACAAGGUCAUGUAAAUUACCUCAAGACUUCCUACAGCAAUAUUUUUCUCGGUCAAGGAGAAACACCGACAAGCGUUUUACCAGUAGACGAUUCCUGCGAUUGCAACUAUUGAAUGCAUAAUUUCUCAAUAAUAAUGCUAUACAUUUUUGUUCAACAUCGCGAAAUUAAAAUAUACUAUUCAACGUCAUACAUAAAGCCUUAUUGUGAAUUUAUACUUAAAAUAAUGACAUUUUGAUUGAUAAAUAAUUAUUAUACUGUCAUCCUUUUUAUAAGUAUGUAAAAACUGUAAAUGACACAUUUGAAAUAUAAAAAAAUAAAAUUA